UUGCUCAGUGAUUAUUUUAUAUAUAGAUGUUCAAACCGUUUCGAUAUCUUGUUUGUGUACGUAGUGUUUUAUAUACUAUUGGUUAAUUACUUUUGUUUUUUAUGUUUAUUUUAUAUGUUUUAUAUACACAUUUGAUUCUCGUAGUUUUUGUGAUGAUUUCUCAUGUAUUAUUACCAAAUACAAGUUAGGAAACCAAGCGCUCGAAGCUUGGUGGUAAAGGAAGUACAGCUGUACUGUCCGCCACCCGGGUUCGAGCCUUGGCCACAACGGAUUUAACAUCCCUUCCGUUGGGGCGCUGGACCCUUUACGAGGGGAUAGUUGAGAAUGUGGCUGUCCAGAUAUCAGAGUUACCAAAAAAAAAAAAAAAUACAAGUUAGGAAGAGUGUGUACCAAACAAUGUCGACCCCUACUUGAGAUGUCUAAUUAUGCUAAUCCUCGAUUGCAUUAACAUAAAUCCUUGGCCCAUACCCUUAACGGGCCUUAAAGCAUUAAAAGGAUAGGCGCGUGGCGGUGAGAUGCUCUAUCUUCCACUACACGUAAGUCAGGAGAGAGGCCGUCAAAGGUGCUUAUCGCCGGAAUCGUAACCCUAACAUUCCUUCGCUCCCUCAAUUCUCCACUGUUUAAGUUUCAUGGUCGUGGUUAUAUAUUCAUCUAUAUGAUAGGGGCCACAAUUGCCGUUGAUUUCGUUGUCCUUUUGUCUCCAUUCUCUGCGUGUAUUGUAUGUAUGGUGAUCUCGUUCGUGUUUGUAUUUAGAAUUUGUUGUGGGAUCUGAGAUGCGUCAAAGCAACUCCCAUCUGAAACCCUAGAAGAUAUGCCUAAAUCAAAGCGAGACAGGCCAGUUACUUUGUCUAAGACAAAGAAGAAAGGAAGGGAGCACAAGGAGUCUAUUGUAAAUGGAAUCAGAGAGGCUGUCGAGAAAUAUUCGUCUGUCUAUGUUUUCUCCUUUGAAAACAUGAGAAACAUCAAAUUCAAGGAGUUCAGACAACAGUUUAGGCACAAUGGAAGGUUCUUCCUUGGUUCGAACAAAGUCAUGCAGGUUGCUCUCGGUCGUUCGGCUUCUGAUGAAAUCCGUCCUGGCAUCUUUAAAGCCUCCAAGCUGCUUCAUGGUGAUGCUGGACUUCUUGUUACGGAUAUGCCAAAGGAAGAGGUCGAAAGCUUAUUUAACGCUUACAAGGAUUCUGACUUUUCAAGGACUGGUAGCACUGCAGUAGAAACGGUUGAACUGAAGGAAGGUCCUCUAGAACAGUUCACACAUGAGAUGGAACCGUUUCUAAGGAAGCAGGGUAUGCCUGUUCGUCUCAACAAAGUUUGUGAAGAAGGAAAGCCUCUUUCGCCAGAAUCUUCCCGCAUUUUGCGUCUGCUGGGAAUCAAGUUGGCUACGUUCAAACUCAACUUAGUCUGCAGGUGGAGCCCUUGUGACUUUGAGCUUUACCGAGAACGUUUGGAUCUCUCAGACGUUGAAACUUCCUAAAAAAAAACCAAGAUUUUGAUCAACUCUGCUUGUUCUCUGUGGUUUUGGGUUUUCACUUUGGGUCAAAGUUUUGUUGCUUUUAGUGUUUGUAGAAUAUCAAAUUAUCGCCCAAUCUUUUACUGAAACACAUCUUAAUCCUGGCAUUACAACAAUGUCAAUCUCGUCUACUGCUUGGUCCUUACAAGUUUUUCUUCUUGAUCCAUUC